AUGUCAGCUACAGAGCCAGAUUCCGUACUCGCACAGCCUGGUGCCACCAUCUUGUCAGUCGCUGAGAAUAUUCCUGAAGAAAGCUUGUAUGUGAAGUGUAACGGACGACUGGCUAAUGGUGACGAUGUACUGCAGAAUGGGGCUGUUUAUAGUCUGGAACCAAGACUUUGUGGUGGAAAAGGAGGGUUUGGAUCUAUGCUGCGAGCGCUUGGUGCUCAGAUUGAAAAGACAACAAAUAGAGAGGCUUGCCGAGAUCUCAGUGGAAGGAGACUUAGAGAUGUCAAUCACGAGAAAGCGAUGGCUGAAUGGGUGAAACAGCAGGCGGAACGGGAAGCAGAAAAGGAGCAAAGGCGCUUGGAAAGGCUGCAGCGGAAGCUUGCAGAGCCAAAGCACUUUUUCACAAAUCCAGACUACCAGCAGCAGUGUCAUGAAAUGGCUGAGCGACUAGAAGAUUCAGUCCUUAAAGGGUUGCAGGCCUCUUCAAGCAGAACAGUGUCACCAGGAAGCAGCGGUAGUCGGAAGCGUCCCGGUGAAUCUGUAAAAAAUGGAACAAAAUCCCAAAAAAGAAAAUGUUUUUGGCUGGGGUUGGAAGGAUUGGAUGAUCAAGACAGUUCGGAUGGUGAGGAUGACAGCGAAGGUGAUUCCCCUUAUGCAUCUGAUGAAAGUUGUCCAUCAGGCAGCAGAUACAAUGACAAUGCUGGAAACUCGAAUGAAUGUUCAAACAGCUCUGUAGAUAUUCCAACUACCAAUGCUACUGAGAAACCACUGGAACAACCAGAAGGUAGUGGAAGAAAUCUGCAAGGAGAGACACACACAAGUGGGCAAACUGAAAUUCCAGUUGAAGAAAACAGUAAAAUGACAUUGCCCUUGAAGGAAGAGGCCCAAGAAGAGAAAGAAGUAACCCAAGCUGUAGAAGGAGAGGAGCAAGAAAAUGUUUCCUCUAAGACACAGGGGACGAACCAGUUACAGUGCACAGCAGUGGAACCUGUAGACCUCCUGGUGUUCAACUCUGCUGCUGAACUGGAAGUCCUGGGUUUGGAUAAACUGAAGAUGGAAUUGAUGUCUCUAGGACUGAAAUGUGGAGGCACUUUAAAGGAAAGAGCAACAAGGCUUUUUUCUGUGAGAGAUAAAUAACCUGAAUGUUUUCUGGAAAACAUGCAUUAUGUCAUCAUCACCUAUUUUAAGAAAAAGAACAAUCCUUUCUUAGCUUUGUAUUGGAUCUCCUUUGGUGUGUUUUCCAGUUAG